GACUGUUUUUGGAUACUGUUUGAAUGAACCUUAUUUUAACUUCUGUAUUAUUACUGUCUUCCAUUAUUCCACAAUUGUUGGACUUAUUGCUGGUUUUAUUUAAGGUUGUUCUUGUUUUGUAAAUGUCUCUGGUAAUACUAUUAUUUUAAUGUGCCUACCUAUAUUAGUGUUUGACCCUUGCCUAUGCAUCUCCCCAUCCACCUGCCCCAAAUCAAAAUGACAUCCAUCAUAAUGGAUGGCACUAUAGACUAUAUGAACUUAUGUGCUUAUCUGGAAUUAGAGCUGGCUGAUCAAUGUACUUACUUUCUAAAUCUAGAUGGAUAGGAUUGAAGUUUAACAGACUAGCUGAAGGCAAACCUACAAUAGUGCUGUACGUAAGUAAGGGUUUUCUUAUGCGCAAGCAUUACUUCAAUAAUUCUGAAAGUGGCUUCUUUCGCACAACUAAACGCAAACUGCAGUCCCGGAACCCGCUGACAGAUCCCACAGUGGUUACAGAGAUGAUGAAGGGCAACCUUAUCGAUGUUCUGCCCAUGAUUCUCAUUGGAGGCUGGAUCAACUGGGCCUUCUCUGGCUUUGUGGCUACUAAGGUUCCCUUCCCCUUGACCCUGCGAUUCAAGCCCAUGUUGCAGCGUGGAAUUAACCUGCCUUCCAUGGAUCCCUCGUGGGUGAGUUCUGCCUCCUGGUAUUUCCUCAAUGUCUUUGGUCUGCGGAAAAUAUACCAACACGUUCUGAGAGAGGACUCUGAGCCAAGUCAACUCAAAGUACAGUUCAUGGGCCCAGACAUUCCUGCUCCACCCGAUCCCAACAAGGCCUUCAAAGCUGAGUGGGAAGCCUUGGAAUUGGUAUCCCACCACUGGGCUCUUCAGGAUGUUGAGGAACAGCUGAUAUCACAGGACCUCAAGUUGACCGGGAUGUCCAGGCCAGAUUGAGCUCUACCAGUCUGCUCUGGAGUAUAAUCCUACAGGACAGCAGUGCCCAGAAACACUCUGUUCAUUAUUAGAAAUUGGUGGCUAAGGACCACCUGUUGUGCAUGGUGUGCUAAAGUUGUGAAGCUGUGCUUGAUUUAAAUGGCAAAAGGUACUGAUGAAGCGCAGUCAGAUCAGCAGUCUGAUCAGGAAGCAGUUUCAGAAACCUUGUGAAGAGCUGAAGCAUUGUAAUAGCAUCUACUAUCAUUUCCUGGUGUGCAGCAACAGAAAAAUGUGAUAAGUGUGUCUGGAGGCUUCAGGUAGAAAUUUAAUGUAUAUGCUAUUGCAGAAUACUGGGUAAUAAACCAAGGUAGCUGCAACUCUUCCUGCUCGAUUGUUGUUUGUUCAGGGACAGAUUCUGAGGUACUAAAUAGACCCCGAGUUUACAUAUUUUAACGCAGCAAUGAAAGAACUCUUGUGGGCACUAGAGUAUCUAGCAAAAGGGAAACCUAGAUUGCAAUUGUUAGGAGCUACAAUUGCCUGGGUUGAAUGCCAGCUGAGAAGCUAUCAGAUGUGGAUGUUCUUGGUUUGUACUGAUUGAAGCAAAAUAGGAAGAAGACAAAUCUUUACAGAUCUUGGUUCAAAGCCCCCCAAAGGGGAAUAAGGCAAGGCAAAAAUGUACUGACUAUGCUUCCUGUAAGGGAUAAUACCAAGGGGGGAAAAAAGAGUCCAUAUGCCUUUUAAAAGAAGUUACUUUAUGUACACAUGCCAAAAAAUAUUUUCUUCUGUAAGAUAACUUCAAGAGAAAUAAAAGCUCAAAGAGUUAAAUGAAGAAAUAAUCUUCCAAACUCUUUAAGUAAUUAAAUGCACUAUGUGCUCCUGCCAACAG